UCCUUCAGGUGAGGGUGAAGCCGCGAGGGAGCCGGACGCACCGAGCAGAGCAGAGGGCGGAUAAUGGGGAAGCUGCAGGAGUUUUCUAUUUCCUUCGACAAGAACAAGGUGGUGUACAGUCCGGGAGAGUCCAUCUCCGGCACCGUGACGCUCAAAGUCAACCAGGCGCUGCAGUGCAAAGCCAUCAAGGUGAACUGCAAUGGCUUCUGCGGCAUAACGACGAAGGUGAACGACCCGACGUGGACGACGGAGGAGCAGUACUUCAACAGCAGCGUCUCCGUGGCAGACAAAGGAACCCUGAAAGCAGGAGCGCACACUUUUCCCUUCAAGUUCCUCAUUCCAGCCACUGCGCCGACGUCUUUUGAAGGAAACUAUGGCAAGAUCAUUUACCGAGUGAGAGCAUUCAUCGAAACGCCGCGGUUCGCCAAAGACUACGACGCAGAGAAGUCUUUCUUCCUGCUGAGCCUGCUCAACCUCAACGAAGUGCCAGACAUAUGGGGGGUUCGAUCCUCAGCCAUCACCCAGCAGUUCUCCUACAUGCUGAUGAAAACUGGCACGGUGGUCCUGAAGGCCCAGACUGACAUGAGGGGCUACACGCCGGGUCAGGUCAUCCAGGUCUCUGCCAAAAUCCACAACCAGUCCGGGAAGACCACGGGCAAGAUGGCGGCCAGCCUGAUGCAGAGAGUGACCUAUGAGACGAAGAAGCCCACCCACGACCUGAGGACCAUCGCCGAGGUGGAGGGCGGCGUGGUGAAGGCCAACAAGGAGGUGGAGUGGAAUGAUCAGAUCAUUGUUCCUCCUCUUCCUCAGUCCUUCCUCGGAGGCUGCGAGCUUAUCAAGAUUGAAUAUUACGUCAAGGUCAGCCUGAAUUUUCCUGACGUCACUCUGACGUUACCGAUCCACAUUGGGAACGUCUCGCUAGAUAAACGACUCCAAACGGCCAACAAGGCCGCUGCGUCUCCGGCUCCUCCGUCCGCUGCAGACGCUCCAGCCACACCGGACGCCGCGGCCGCCACUGCUGCUGGGACCACGAUACCCCCUCGCCCUGCCCCCAAACCAGCCGCCCGCCCCACCCCCCGCCUCAGGGCGUCAUCACACAACUCCCCUAGUGCUCCUCCAGCCGACUACCCCGACGGCGCAGAGCCGAUGAUGCAGGACAACAGGAGACAGUCUCAGCUGGUGUCACCCAACGCCUUCAGCUAUGCCCCGGGGCUCUUCUUUGGCCAGAACCAGCAGCCGCCCGCCGCCGCCAGCACCCCCGGCGUCACAGGGCUUUACCCCUCUUUGAGCACCUCCAGCCCCAUGAUAGUGCCUCAAGGCCCACCUCCCAACUACAACACCUCGUCCUACCCACAAGAGGCUCCUCCUCCUUACGAUGAGAGCUGCGACACAUGAGGCGGACGGACACACAACCCAUGGCGAUGACGAUCAGUUUACCUCCGACCAAGCAGAAUGUUGAUGUGUAGCUCGUAUUGGUGCAUCUUCAAAAGGAGUCCUGCCAUUUUAAUAAUAAAAUAAUAAAAAGAGAAAAUAUGCUCAAACCAAGUAACUGACCCUGAGCUGAGUCUGGAGGAUUUUAGUGUGUGUGCAGGUUUUCUUAAUGAGACAGAAUCAAAGUCUUGGUUGGAGCGUGAACUGAUCAUCGGCUCUGCAGCCCUGUGAACAAACUCCAGCAAAGAAAUAUCCAACAGGAGGAGGACACUUUAUUCUAUUUUUUAAAACAAGUUUUUGUGAUACUUUUAGCACUUUGAAAGAGAAGCAGACUAGUAGGCUCUGUUCUUCAUACGGCCAGCAGGAGGCAGCGUUUUAGUUUACAUUACAUGAAAGGAGGCAUGUGAUUGGACUAAUAAGGAGAAGCUGGUUAAGGCAUAUUUUUUUCAGGGUGAAACAGUUUGAUGAUUAAAAGUUUGAUUUGUUCAGUGUCAUGACGAUAAUCCAAAUGUUUGCUUUUAACUUUGUAAGGACAUGGUCCAGUUUUUCGAUUUUUUUUUUUUUUUUUUUUUUUUUUUUUGGUUACUUUCAUGUCCUGCAACAUCUGCAGAGAUGUUGUUUAAUGGUGUUUUCAAAUUUCCUGUUUCUCUUUUGUUUCUUACACAACUCUUUCUCAAAUCAGUCUUUUUAUAGUUUUAGCCAUGUGCAAUCUCACCGUUAUGUGAGGAUUUUUUCUCUUGUUCAGAGUUGAUUUCAGAUCGACACAUUUAAGUUUAAAUAUUUCCUAAUCAAAUUGAUGUCGGAUGUGCAAAAAGUGAUAUUUAUUUAUUGUUUUCAGUGUUUUCUAACUGCUGUCUGGAUUCUAAAUAAACCUGCAAAG